AAUAACUUAAAAUCGUGCUACCAGUUUUGUCGCCCAAAUGGUACGAUGUACUACAUCAUUUAACCCCUACAGGCCCUGACGCCAUAGUCGGAGCUGCUUCUCUGUUCUUGCUUUCGCCGUCUUUUUCUCUGGUUUCGCUACUUGUUUUCUCCUUGGACUCUUUAUUGUUAUUAAGGAAGUUAAAGUAAGGAAAAAUGUCAGAGCUGCGCUCCAUAUCUAGUUCAACUCCAACUGCUCCUUCACAAGAUGCAUCUGAACCAAAACAAAACAGUGCUACUGCUUAUGGUGUCGUGCGACCUUCCUUCUCUUACUUGAAUGGGAACAACCCACCUUCUGGAAGUUCACAGCUGUCAUCUGCUAGUUCGGCUGUUGAGCAGGGUCACUCUCCAGUGGGAAGGAAUGCUUCAUCUCCUACACCAUCCGCACACCCAGCAUUCUUGCAUUCUCCUGUUCCUUUACACUCCUCACAGCCUGGUGCAUUUGUACCAGGAACUGCUGCACAAGUCAUGACCCCUCCUGGCCCUCAGCCUGUUGGUCUUCCUCAAGGAAGCUCUUCGCAUUUUGCAAACUUCUCUUUUAAUGGGCAUCAGCAGCUGAUGCAGAACAACUUAUCGCUGGAAACUAACGUAAGAGCAAAUACUACUCAAGAGAUUGGAGCAAUUGCUUCUGCACAAGUUUUCACACAGUCUGCUUCUCAGCCUGCUCUUACAAAUCCAAGUCCUUCAGUAACUGUUUAUGCAUCUAAUAGUUUUAGCAGCACGGCUGCUUGGUUGCCCCCUGCACCAUUUCAGGUGACUCCAGGAAUGCCUAGAACUCCUAUAACGCCUGGUCCUCCUGGAAUUGCGUCCUCUGUAUCUUCAUCUUCAAAUAUAUCUGCUGUCCCUUCAUCUGUGGAUUCUCCUGCCCUCCCAAGAUCCUUCAUGCCUGCUGCUCCUGUUCUCUCUAAUUUCCCAAUUCAGCAGCAGACUUUUACUCCAUAUCCUACUCCAUUUCAAGCAGCUCCUCCAGGACCAUGGUUGCAGUCCCCAAUCCCACAGAUCAGUGGCAUUGUUAGGCCAUCAUUUUCACCAUACCCUACUGUUAUUCCUGGUCCUUUUCCCAUGUCAACUCGUCCUAUGCUGCCAGUUUCUGUUUCAUUUCCCAAUACCCAACCUCCUGGAGUUACUCCAGCAGUAUCUUCUGUUGGGGACUCUGCAUCUUCAGUGGCUUCUGGUGACCAGUCAACCAUUGGGUCAGUGCAGGAAGAGUUACCUCCUGGCAUUGAUAGUAGUAAACAUGUCAAUAAUGAUGAGAUCAAAGAUGAAGCUUCUGUCAGAGAACAACUGGAUGCCUGGACAGCACACAGGACUGAAAGUGGGGUUGUAUACUAUUAUAAUUCUUUGACAGGGGUAUCUACCUAUGAGAAACCUUUGGGCUUUAAAGACGAGCAGCCCGAUAAAGCAGCCAUGCAGCCAACUCCAAUUUCAUGGGAGAAACUGGCAGGUACAGAUUGGGCAGUGGUUACUACUAAUGAUGGUAGGAGAUAUUACUACAACACUAGAACUCAGCUAAGCAGCUGGCAAAUUCCUAACGAGGUGAUGGAGUUGAAAAAGAAACAGGAUGCUGAUUGUUUAGAAGCUCAAUCACUAUCGGCGAUAAAUAGUAAUGUAAUAACUGAAAAAGGAUCUGCUCCAGUUAGUUUAAGUACACCUGCUGCUAACACAGGAGGUCGUGAUGCCACUGCUCUGAGACCCUCAGGUGUUUCUGGACAAUCUUCUGCACUUGAUCUCAUAAAAAGGAAGUUACAGGAUUCUGGAACCCCAGCUGCUACUUCUACAGGCUCUGCUUUGUCAGGAGGGAUGGUAUUAGAACUAAAUGGCUCAAAAACGAUUGAAGACGUGACCAAGGUUUCACCGCACGAUGACUGCAUUGAAAAGCACAAAGAUGCUAAUGGUGAUGGUGAUUUAUCAGAUUCCUCUUCUGAUUCAGAGGACGAAGACAGAGGUCCUACCAAAGAGGAGUGCAUCAACCAAUUUAAGGAGAUGCUCAAGGAACGUGGUGUGGCACCAUUCUCGAAAUGGGAUAAAGAACUUCCAAAGAUAGUGUUUGAUCCACGUUUUAAGGCUAUCCCAAGUCACAGUGCUCGAAGAGCGCUGUUUGAGCACUAUGUGCGGACUCGCGCUGAAGAGGAGCGGAAAGAAAAACGAGCUGCUCAGAGGGCUGCUGUGGAGGGUUUCAAGCAGUUAUUGGAAGAAGCAAAGGAGGAUAUUGAUUGCAACACUGAUUAUCAAACAUUUAAGAGCAAAUGGGGAAAGGAUCCACGAUUUGAGGUCUUGUCCCGGAAAGAAAGAGAGUUUUUGUUGAAUGAAAGGGUGCUUCCUUUGAAGAGGACUGCUGAAGAAAAAGCCCAAGCGGAGCAUGCCGCUGCUAUAUCAAAUUUCAAGUCCAUGCUUCAGGAUAAAGGAGAUAUUACUUCUAGUUCACGCUGGUCAAAGGUUAAAGAUAGCCUAAAAACUGAUGCCAGAUACAAGUCCAUUAAGCAUGAUGACAGGGAAAAGUUAUUCAAUGAAUAUAUAUCUGAAUUAAAAGCUGCUGAAAAAGAGAUAGAGGGGAAGGCAAAGACAAAACAGGAUGAGGAGGGGAAACUUAAAGAAAGAGAGCGAGCACUGCGCAAGCGAAAAGAAAGAGAGGAGCUAGAAGUGGAGAGGGUGAGAAUUAAAGCUCGUAGAAUGGAGGCUGCUGAAUCAUAUAAAGCUUUAUUAGUAGAGACCAUAAAAGAUCCUCAGGCAUCUUGGACAGGAUCAAAACCGAAGUUGGAGAAGGAUCCUCAAGGACGUGCAGCCAAUCCUCACUUGGAUCAAUCUGACUUAGAAAAGCUAUUUCGGGAGCAUGUUAAAGCAUUGCACGAGAGAUGUGUGGUGGAUUAUAAAGCUCUCUUAGCCGAGGUAAUAACUGCAGAUGCUGCAGCUCGAGAAACAGAAGAUGGGAAAACCGUUGUUGAUUCUUGGUCGACAGCCAAACUACUCUUAAAGAGCGAUCCCCGUUAUAACAAGAUGCCAAGGAAAGAUAGAGAAUCCUUGUGGUGGCGACAUGCUGAGGAAAUCCAGAGGAAGCAAAAGUUUGUACGCGAUCAAGAAACAGAGAAGCAUGCAGAAGGAAGAAGUCGAAACACUGUUGAUUCUGACAAGUAUGUGUCUGGGUCAAGAAAAGCUACUCAUGACAGAAAAUGACCUUGCCCUCAGUAGAAUUUUGAAUAUUAUGCUGCAGGCAGAAAGGGGAGCUAGAUGAAUUGCAAGUGCCUGUCAAGAUUUGAUGUGCAUGGGAGCCUUUUUUUAAGAGAAAUUUUGAACUCUACCCUAAGAAACUGUGCAUACAUUAUUAGUUGUGCUCGAGUACCCAAUGGAACGAAUGAGGAUGUAACUUUUAUUACAUAGUAUAAGGAGUAAUGUUAUCCAACACUACUCGUAUCAAGUAUCAGUAUAGGUGGCAACUUCAUGACAUUAAAUGAUAAAUUCACUUAAAUGUAGUGUUAUAUGAUUCAAGAACU